AUGUAUGACGAGCACUUCUCAAUCAAUAAUCUUCCGUAUGGUAUUGCGAUGUCCGCCAAGUACCUGAGUCCUUCGAUAGCGACGAGAGAAUAUGGGAGUGUCAUCUUCAUCCCUCCACUGCUGGAUGCGGGGCUUUUGGGAGACCUGGAUUCAGAAGUCGACCAGGCUUUACGACAAGUGCGUUUGUCAUCAUUCAACUUGGACAUGUCUGACCUCACGAAGCAAACCUUGAAUGAUCUUGCUCGGCUUUCCAGGUCGGUUCGAAGAAAGAUCCGCUUAGCCUUCCAGAACUUGUUAAAAAACCAGACGCGGGGCUCGAUCCCAUCAGACGCCAUUGUCCCUAUCGAGGAGGUGAAGCUGCAUCUUCCGAUACAUGUUUCUGAGUUCACCGACUUCAGUUGCUCCAAAGACCACAACUUGAAGGCUGGAGAAGCCAUCCUCAACAUCAGAAAACUUCCGCCUAGCUUUUUACACUUCCCCAUGGGGUAUGGUGGACGUGCCUCAAGUAUCGUCGUCUCGGGCACGCCAAUAGCACGACCGUCUGGGCACUACCGCAACGGUGAAAAAGUGGUCUACGAUGCUUGCCGUGCACUAGAUUAUGACUUAGAGAUUGCAUGCAUAGUAGGCGAACCAUUGCCAUUUGGAACUUCCGUCAAGGCCAAUGAUGCCGAAAAGCAUAUCUUUGGUCUCGUGAUGCUAAACGACUGGUCCGCUCGCGAUAUCCAGGGCUUUGAGAUGAUGCCUUUAGGCCCUCUCAUGGGUAAGAAUUUCGGCACCACCAUGUCACCUUGGGUGAUCACACUUGAUGCCCUAGAGCCACUCCGGACCACGAUCGCUGACCGAGACAUACCCGUCGCACCGCAUCUAGAAGCACAAAACACAGCAUUCAACAUUCAAUUCCAAGCAAAACUGUUUCCACCCUAUGUCUCACCACCCGCCGACACAAACACCACGAUCUGCACAUCGCACUUUUCUUCGUCGUAUUGGUCGCUUGCCCACCUCAUCGUUCACCAAGCUUCGGGAGGCUGUGGACUGAAUACAGGAGAUGUACUUGCUACGGGUACAGUUUCCGGCCCUGGGAAGGGUGCGGCAGGUUGCCUGCUUGAGACCACGCGAGGCCGUAAGGAGGACUUUGAGAUCGUUUUACAAGGCGGGUCAAGGGCGAAAAGGAAAUACUUAGAAGAUGGAGAUACGGUUUUGAUUACCGGUCAAGCGGUCAAUCAUGAUGGGACUCUUGCUGGCGUCGGCUUUGGGGAAUGCGUCGGCACGAUUGUCACGAGAAGUUCGAAAUAUUGA